UGUUUCUUUUCUUGGAAUGCAGCCUCGAGACUGUCUGCCUCAGCGAGGAGAAGUAGGAAAACAGAGCAAUUGUUCUUAGGAAGAAAGACGUGCCACAUUCUUGCUGUUAGUUCCCUCCCCCCUCUUUUUCUUGCCAUGGCUGUUUGGGGCCAGUGGAGCUGGGGAGGAGGAAGAGGGGUGACAGAGCGCAGAGGGAGGGGAAGAGCAGUGGGUCUUGAAAGGGUGAUGGAGGGCAGGGGAAAGAGGAGAUAAGAGUUGUAUCCAGCACCAAGAAGUUCAUCCCCUCAUGUUGUUCUGUUCCGAUUGUUCACGCUCUCCUCAUCUCCCCUCCAGUGUUAAGCCAGUCUGCCUUCCAGAGUGACCAUGAGAGGCCUCCUCCUCAUCUGCAUGCCAGUUGUGCUGUUUGUCCAGGCCCAGCAAACGCAACCGCCUUCAUAUUUGGAUUUCGAAUUGGAGGCAGAACCCACAGAGCCUGGCCCUCUGGAUUGCAGAGAGGAGCAGUAUCCCUGCACCAGACUCUACUCUGUUCACAAGCCGUGCAAGCAGUGCCUCAAUAACCUCUGCUUCUACAGUUUGCGACGGGUGUACGUCAUCAACAAGGAGAUCUGCAUGAGAACUGUGUGCGCACAUGAAGAGCUGCUCAGAGCCGACCUGUGUCGUGAUCAGUUCUCUCACUGCGGUGUGGCGGCGCUGAGCGGACAGUGCGCAUCACUAGGAGGAAGCUGUGGGAAGAGCUGUGGUGCCUGCUGAGUGAGCACUGAGAUCCUGCUACUUUUCUACAACUCGUCCACAGCCUUACUUUGUCCUCCUUCUCCCUGUCUCCUCUCACUCUUCCUGUGCAACACAUUACUCUUGUGCAAAAGGCACUGCAUUUGAAGAUUUUUGUCUUUUCUGUGUAUAUGUAUACUCCAAAGAACAUUGAUGAUUGUAUGAACCACUGGUGCUAUAAAAUCAUCACACUGGUGCUAUAAAAAGUUAACUUUUAGAGAUGCACAUAAAACUGCAGAACAUCUUUUUCUUAAAUUUUGGCAUAUUGUUUCAUAUUAAUCUCGUGCUUUGUGUCUCUUGAUAUGUUACUGCGCUUGUGUUGAAAAGCAGUCAUGGUCGCGAUGAUGAAAUCAUCAGUGGUGGCUACUGUGCACCAACAUCAGACAAAACUAUUCAAUAUCCAGCUGUCAGCGGUCUCAUCGGUGAUGAUCAAGAGACGUAUGAAGAAAACAGGUGCCGAGAGACCUCAGGUUUUUGUACUGCUGCCACCUGGACCUGGGCUUAACAACCGAGCAGCAAGCUUAAAUAUGAUC